AUAUAUAUGACGUCAUUAAGCGUCGCCGAAUGUGCGGUUGUGGCUAGCAAGCGCUAACAACAAACAAUCGCUGUUCCGAGGCAUCUAUUAAGAUUAUUUUUUUUGCUUAAUUUUCAGUAUAUUGCGUUAAAGCAACAGGAAUGUCUCUGGAUACUGUCCCGAAAGAUCUGCGGCAUCUGAGAGCGUGUCUGUUGUGCUCUCUUGUCAAGACUAUUGAUCAGUUCGAGUAUGAUGGAUGUGACAACUGUGAAUCAUACCUGCAGAUGAAGGGCAAUCGGGAGAUGGUUUAUGAAUGCACAAGCUCUUCUUUUGAUGGUGUCAUUGCUAUGAUGAGUCCAGAGGACAGCUGGGUGGCAAAAUGGCAACGAAUCGGUAACUUCAAGCCAGGUGUCUAUGCAGUGACCGUGACGGGUCGGCUACCUCCAGGUGUGGUGCGAGAGCUGAAGAGCAGAGGCGUCAUCUACCGCUCCAGAGACACGGCUGUUAAAACAUGAACACUGACACACACACACAAUCAGCUGCUCUGCUAUUGUCUGUUAUUUCAUUUGUUUUAUAAUUUUCUUUUCUACUUGCAUUACAUUUGUAUUUGGAGUGCAUUUGAUGGAUAAAUGAUUUGAUUCUUCCAUGUAAAGGAUUUAAGCUUAAUUAAAGUUUUAUAAACAGCA